AUGAAGUCUGCUGGGGCCUGCCCGCAUAACUGGGGGAAGUGCUCCGUCCUUUGCGAACCCGCAGCCCCCCGAGGGGCCCGCACGGAGGUGUGGGCCUCGCGGGAGAUGAUGCGGGGCGGACCGCCCGAGGCUGGGAACAGAGCAGGGAAAAGCCCCCACUGUG